AUGAACUUCAAUAGCCCCAUAGGUUAUAGUAAGAAUCCAUUACCAGUGACAAAUGUCUCUUUUCUAGAUCAGGUAUCUUCUGCUGGCUCAGAAGGUACCAAAGAUAACAGAAGUCAAUUUCAACAACCGGGAAAUCCCAAGUUCUCCAUAUUAUCGCUACCUUUAGAAAUCAUUAUUCAGAUAACGAAUUACUUAGAUCAAUUCGGUAUUAUAGCGUUGAUGAAAGUCAAUUCCCAUUUAUACCAUGUUGUAAGACCCCAGCUAUAUCAUACAAUCGUUAUAGAACCCAAGUGGAGUGCUUUCAUGAAAGAAUUUACACUGGGUGUGACGUAUAUCAAAAGUAGUUAUAAUAUCAAACAUCUUAUUCAAACCGACGGGAGCCUAAUUCAUAAAUUGAUCAUCAAAGGGUUACCAGAUUCCCUUACAUUUGAUAGUAUCAAUGAUAUGAUGGUGAAAUUUUGCAAGAAUCUUCAACUUACUCAAUUGGCAUGGAAACCCCAUUUUAAACUUAGUUUCCUAGAUAUGAAUUUACUGAACUUACAAACCCUUGAUGUGGAUAUAACCGAAGAUAUAUUUUCAGGUAAUUUGGAUUUCACAGUUUUUAAGAAUCUUCAUAAUUUAAGAAGACUUUGUAUUGGUCCAUAUACUAAAAUGACGGUUAUUAGAGAUAUCAUGAGAUAUAUUCCUUCUCAAGUGGAAGUUUUACAAUUGACUAAACAUUACAAAGAUCUCAUAGAACCAGUAAGUAAGAAAUUGCUUAUACGACAUCAUGAAGAUUUGGAUUAUGACUUACAAGAAAUCAAUGAUUUGAGGUACAUAUUCCCAACCACAUUCGAAUUGAAGAAGUUAUCUUUGAGUGGGAUUUUAGUUUCUUCCAGGCAAAUACAGAGUUUCAGGAUCAAUUUCCAACUGUUGACAACAUUCGUCUUGAAGGCUACUGAGUUCAACUUUGGAGGUGAUAGUUUCUUGAAAGAGUUGAAGUUUGAGAAUUUGAAACAUCUAGCAAUUGAUUAUCGUCAAGGAUAUCAAGACUACGUACCAUUGUUUCUUUCAAAUCAUAGGCUGCUCACCAAGCUCGACUUAGUCAUUCGAAUCAAUGAUACUUUCCCUUUCAAUGAGGACAAUUACCAAAUCAUCAACAAACUCCCCUUGAACGCAUUAUCAGUAGAGUUGAUCCAGGAGAAGAAUCUUAAUUGGAUGAAUCAGCCCAUAAGAUUAUCCAAAUUGAAGUUCUUCCGUGAUUUACAACUACAAAGUUGCAGGUUUAAUGCUUCAAAUGAAGAAACACUUGAAUUCAUCAAGUAUCAACCUCAACUUAAAUUACUUGAAGUAUUUGGAUUGAAUGCCGGAGGGUCUCCACAUUUUGCUUUGAGUGUAUUACAUCCAAACGUUUAUGACGAAUGGUUUAAAAUUCAACAUGUUGCAUUAAUAUACUUUAGAAUAUGUCCAUUGGAUUAUAUCAAACUAAAUCAUUGGAUUUUCGAAAGAAAAUCUCAAAAGAAUACCAUUGAAGAUAGUGUAAUAGUAGAACCACGAGAUGGUCUAGAAGAGUGGUUUGAUAACAGAGUCAGAGUUUUGUAG